AUGUCCCUCGCAGGCAAAGUCUACGCCAUCACGGGGGGCGCCAGCGGCAUAGGUCUCGCGACAGCCAAGCAGAUCGCCGCCCGCAGCGGCACAGUCUGCAUCGCCGACGUCGACGCCAGCGCCCUCGCGCGCGCCGAGGCCUUGUUCGCCGCCCAGACGCCCGCCGCCCCGUUCGCCCUGACCAGGGUCGACGUGUCUCAGCGGGACCAAGUCGAGGCGUGGAUCGGCGGCGUCGUGGCGCGCUUCGGCCGCCUCGACGGCGCGGCCAACAUUGCGGGCGUCAUCGGCAAGGACCACGGCGUCAAGCCCGUGGCGGAGCUGGACGACGACGAGUGGCAUGCCAUCAUCGGCGUCAACCUGACGGGUCUGAUGUACUGCUUGCGCGCCGAGCUCAACGCUGUGGCGGACGGGGGGUCGAUUGUGAACAUGGCCUCGAUUCACAGCACGACAGGCAUGGCGAACCACGGCGCCUACGCGGCCAGCAAGCACGGCGUUCUCGGGCUCACGCGUGCGGCGGCCAAGGAGAACGGCGCGCGCGAGGUGAGGGUCAAUGCCGUGGCGCCGGGGUCCAUCUACACGCCCAUGAUGCAGCAGUACUGGGACGAGACGGCGAGGCCGGCGGACGCGCCGUUCAGCGAGCCGUCGGCCAUCCAGAGGCUGGGCACAGCUGACGAGGUGGCCAACGUGGUCUUGUUCCUCCUCGGCCCGGAGAGCACGUUUGUUGAUGUGAAUGUGCACAAGCGCAUCGUCGCCAAACGGAACACAUCUGUAGUCACCCUCGCAGCCAAGUGCCGUAGUAUUCAAGCCGAAUCGUAG